AAACAAUCAAAAUAAUCAGUAUGGUUUGUGCUAUUUUUGGUAUGGUUAUGUUAAUAAUUUUGUAUGCGGGUUGUUACCGAAUGUGCUGCUCUGGAAACCAACCUUAUCAUGAUUCUUGCAUAAAGGCAACUAUUCAUAUCGUACUGACUUUAUUAACAUAUGUCCUGUACCUGUUUGAUACUCUGUCGGAUGUGUUCCUGUUCCUACACUACAUUGCGAUUGGACAAACUUCGAAGUUUGCAUUGGUGAUGGCCUUUACCUUCGCACCAGUUCUCUUUCUGGCGUUUAUUUUCUUUGCAAAACAUCACAAAAAGUUAGAAUGCGACUAUCAUAAGCUAUCAUGUAGAGAGCAACUGUGUUUCCAGAUGUUUGGCUUGGUGUUAGUUCUCGUUUGCAGUCCAUUUGCUGCACUGUUGCCAACAUACACGUAUGCCCAGGUACUUGCACGUGGUAAAACAAAUUUUAAAUUUGAAUAUCUAACGUCUUAUAUUACGCUGGUUGAAGCUACACUAGAGUCAGCUCCACAAUUAACAGUACAGAUUUACCUGCUGAUUAUUGACAGCCAUACUGACACUACUUACACAGGAAUAAUUCGUUAUCUAAGCAUAAUUGCAUCUUCCCUUGGACUUGCUUGGUCGUUGAAUGCAUUUAAACAUCAAAAUCGAAAGAAGAUGCAGAACAAAGAGGACGGCUUUUGUGUAAAACUUAUUCACUGGAUAUCACGAUUUGCUGAGAUUGUGCCGCGCAUUAUCUUAAUUGCACUCUGUACUGCUGAAUAUAGCGUAUAUGUUUUAUUUUUCGUAAUGUAUCGCUUUUUAUGUGGAUGCAUGUACAGCCUUUGUGAAAGAUGGGCUAUUGAUGAAAAGUUCAGAUUCUUAGAGGAGCCCGAUUUGAUAUUGGGAAUAGUAGGCAACAUAUUUUGCUAUUCUGUAUCAAAAAUUUAUCAAUGCCAAAAGAAAGAACAAUGUGGAGGGAAAUUCUUCGUAGGUUAUUACAUUAUAUAUUACAUAGAAAAUGGCAUUAUGUUGUUCUUUUGGUAUAGCGAUGAUCCGGCUUUACUUCAAUUGAAGAUUGGAGGGGCAUGUUCAAACCAUGCAUGGUGGGCACCAGGUGUUAUAGUUUUUGUCAGUAUCCUAUGCGUUGUACAACUGUUAUUUUUGUAUCUAUAUUAUCGUUUACGUGGGAAACAACCCCAAGUAAAUUCUCAAAACAUGUCGGCGGAAAAAUGCCACCAAUCUGAUCCCCUUAAUUCGGACUCUUUCACUAAUCAUGGACAAUUCGAUAACCAUGGCUUUCAAGAUGGACUGAAAACAUACAAUUUUCACGAUGGCCAAGUGGCCAGUCCUUAUGAUAUUGAUAGUCAAUAUGCAAAUGACUCACAAAUGCAGCCAUAUUGUGGAUAUGAGAGAAAUAAUCAACCUGUAUAUCGAUAUCCAAGGGAAGAGCUACACGUUACUCAGUCAUAUGAGUCGGAUGUCAAUAACAGAUGGAAUAGUGAACCGUAUCAAAAUAUAUCCCAACAGUCUCAGCAAAUUCAACAAUACAAUAUGAAUCCAUUGCAACAGUGGAAUGAUUACCAUUCCCAAAGAGGAUGUUAUGAAAGCAACAUGAGCAAUCGGCAAACACAUUUUGCUUCUUCAUUUCACAAUCAGACAUUUGUAGGAAACGUUAGUUCCUCGUAUCAAUCAUCCAUGCAAUCGAUGACUCAAGGCGCCGUGUUUACUGGUACACAAUAUAACAGUCAAGGAGAAUACAGGUUUAGUGGAUAUUAAUAUGAAUAAUAGAAGCACAUACGUGCAUACUGUUUAAUAGUUUACGCUUACAAGAAAUAAAAAUGGUAU